ACCUAACAGUAUGAAUUCGUUUCGUUAAAAAACGUGCGAUUUCGUUAAAUUAUAACGCCAAACUAAUUUAUUUAAUUAGAUACGAGAAAAAUGUACGGCGCGGGUGCAAGUUUGGGAGUUGUUAAGAGAAGGAAAUCAGAAAGUAAGAAAAAAGAUAAGCAACAAACUACAGCUUUAUUUAGUUCAAAUUACGAAAGAAUCUACAAGGAAUCGAUAGAAAAUCCAGAGUCGUUUUGGGCCAAAGUUGGAGGAUUGCUGUCGUGGUCCAAACCUUGGAAGAAGGUUCUGGAUAAUAGCAACGAACCUUUCACAAAAUGGUAUGUUGGCGGUGAAAUCAACGCUUGCUACAAUGCUGUGGACCGACACGUCGAAGCUGGAAAUGGUUCGAAAGUAGCGCUUAUUUAUGACAGCCCCUUAACAGGGGUUGUCAAAAAUAUCACUUAUUCUGAACUCUUAGAAAAGGUAUCUAAACUAGCAGGACUACUCGCAAGGUAUGGUGUAGAAAGAGGAGACAAAGUUUUAAUUUAUAUGCCGCUUAUUCCUCAAACUGUCAUCGCUAUGUUGGCUGUAGCUAGAAUAGGCGCUGUUCACUCAGUAGUUUUUGGAGGUUUCGCCGCUGCCGAACUUUGCACCAGGAUAGAUCAUGCCGAACCGAAAAUUAUUAUAGCUGCGAGCUGCGGGAUCGAGCCCAAUAAAUUUGUAAGUUAUAUGGGAGAACUGAACCAAGCUAUCGAUAUGUCACUUCACAAGCCCCAAAAAUGCAUCAUUUAUCAAAGAAAAGCAGUCUACAGUGCAGAUCUAGAUCCAGAAAGAGAUAUCGAUUGGGAAGAAGCAAUUAAAAAUGUGGAGAGUGUUCCUUGUGUUCCAGUGGAAAGUAAUGAUCCCCUGUAUAUCUUAUACACUUCAGGAACAACAGGUGAACCAAAAGGUGUACAAAGACCCACGGGUGGCCACAUAGCUACACUAAUUUUUACCAUGAAGACGCUAUACGGUUUAGGUCCAAACGAUGUAUGGUGGGCCACCAGUGACUUCGGAUGGGUGGUCGGCCAUUCUUACAUGUGUUACGGACCACUGCUUUACGGAAUUACGAGCCUUAUUUACGAAGGAAAACCUACGAAUACGCCUGAUCCCAGCUCCUAUUUUAGAAUAAUCAACGCCUAUAAAGUUAACGGAGUAUUCACUGUGCCAACUGUAUUAAGAAUACUAAAAGAAGUCGACCCUGAAGCAAAAUACGGUGCCGAAUACGACAUAUCCUCCUUGAAACAUAUGUGGAUCGCUGGAGAACACAUGGACAUGUCUUCAACUAUGUGGGCGGAGAAAAUCUUCAACGUCCCCGUGUUGAAUCACUGGUGGCAAACUGAAACUGGAUCGGCUAUAUCAGCAAUAUGCGCUGGAUUGACCAACCCCUGUACUAACGUAGGAUUAAGUGCUGGAUUGCCUUUUCCAGGAUACAAUGUUCAGGUCUUAUUGAAAGAUGGAAGUUUAGCAGAUGUUAAGGAACUAGGACGGAUCGUUGUGAAGCUACCUUUACCUCCAGGAGCCAUGUCCACACUCUACAAGGCAGACGAAAAGUUCGUCAAAACAUAUUUCACCAAGUACUCGGGUUUUUAUGAUACUAUGGAUGCCGGAUAUAUAGACGAAAAUGGAUUAGUUUAUAUAACAGCAAGGGCAGACGAUAUCAUCAACGUAGCCGGUCACAGAUUAUCAACCUUGGCCAUAGAAGAUAUAGUACUAUCUCAUCCAGACAUUAGUAACGCAUGCGUGGUAUCAGUUCCAGACAGAAUUAAGAGCGAAGUACCAUUGUGUUUAUUCAUCAUGAGAGAAGAUGCAGCGUUAAAUGAAUAUAUGAUAGCUCAAGAGUUAGUAGCAAUGGUCAGGGAAAACAUGGGUGCGGUGGCAUCGUUCAGGUUGGCUGCAGCAGUCAGAGGUCUUCCAACGACAAGAUCUGGAAAAAUAUGCCGAAAAUCGAUAUCCGACUUGGCUAGAAACAAGUUAAAGAAGAUUCCUGGAACUGUGCUUGAUCCCACGGUUUAUAAAGAAAUCGAGGAAGCUUUAAGAAAACUGGGAUUUUGCUCAGCGUGAUUCCCUGGUCUUCCUUAAUUAUAAUUUAAAACAUAUUUAAAUUCCUACUUUUAAAUAUUUCCAGUGCUCAGAUUAACAUACAAAAAUACCAUAUGCAAAACAUUAUCAAUUGUAAAAUAUGUGAUAUUUCUGAAAUAAAAUAUACUUAGAGAGUAAAUCAAAAAAG